CCCCCAACCCUGUCUGUCUCUUUUAUAUAUGAGGCGUAGUAAUACUCGCUCCGCCCCGAAGCAGUCAGUCCCGCCCUUCGUGCUAAAGUAGUCCCCCACAGAACUCCGCCCCCUACCUGUCCCACACCCCGCCUUGCACAUAUUGGCAAAAAGUGCCGGCUUAACCCAGCCCCUCCCAGAGUGGGAGAUGGGACCUGGAAGUGAGGAGAGUGGCGGGAAAACCUUUCUGUACCUGAGGGACAAUACAUGGCGUGUGUGCUACAUUUUUAAACUCAGAGUGGUAACUGUCAUUGGAAGCAGGAGCACAGAUGAAGGCCGCCUUGAGGAUUUUUACGUGCGUUAUGAGGGAUCUGACCCACCUCAGGAGGAGUGGCUGGGCAGGAAAUGCCUGGUGCCAUUGGAAGAGGCUGUGCAAGUGAUCAACAGAGAAAAGAGAAAACUGGCAGAGCAAGGGGAGGAACUGAGCAAGAAAGUACAAGACUGCAUGUCCCGGGAGCCAAAGAAGUGCAAGCCGCUGGAAGCCUCUGAAUCGGGACUGCCCUCUGACGUUCCAGAGCAGCUGAUUUGCCCGCACUGCCUGGACCCUUUCACCGACCCCGUGCUUCUAGACUGCGGCCACAACCUGUGCAACUCUUGCCUCUUGUCCAUAUUAUCAAACCGGUCCUCCUCCAGUUGCCCUCGCUGUCUUAAAUUUCUUUCUGGCCAAAACUGCAAGCCUAACUAUGCCCUGGGCAGCCUGGCCUGCCAAAUGAAAGCGAGCUCCUUGGCCCACCCUGCCCAGGAAGCCAGAGAAGGGUCACAGAACAAAGCCGGAGACCAAAGGCAGGCCAAGGUCUGGGUUCCGGUUGGACAGACCAGCUGCACAGAGAAGCAUGAUAAUAAGGCUUCUAGGAUGAACCAAGUGCAAAUCUGCCUGCAGCAGCUGAGGGGCCAAUGUGAGGAGCAGGAGCGCUGCCUGUCCAAAUUGUCGGUAGUGUGUUUUUUUUUAAUAAAGAUCAGUCCUAACAUCUAUAUCAUGGAGAUUGCGUGCAGUCUGGAGCAACACCUGGAGUCGCAAUUCUCUGCGCUGCAACGCUUCCUGCAGGAGAGGAAGGAGAAGCUGCAGAUGGAGCUGCACCAGGAAGUGACAGAGGCUCAGGUGGUGAUGAAGCAGGAGCUGUGUAGGAUGAGGAAGGAAUGGCAGAGAAUUGAGAAGGACCUGGGCACCAUGAUGGGAGAGAGAGAUCUGGGGGCUCUGGGAAAGGGUACACAGUUGCUGACUGACAGGUGCGCUCAGAUGCAGGACUCCAACUCCCCUGGCCGGAACCUUGCCCAGAUUGAAAACCGCUUGUUGGGGCGUUUCAGGGGCCCGGUACAGUUUGGCGCCUGGAGGGAUAUGAAAGCCGUGCUGGAGCCAGGUUUAUCCUGUCCUCGUCUGGAUCCAGAUACGGCCCAUCCCGACUUACUGCUGUCUGAGGGAAACCGCCGCGUCAGCUAUUUCCCAGUGAGCCGCCCCCCCGCUAUAAGCAGCACAAGGUUCAGCCAAUACCUAGUGGCUUUGGGAGUGCCCAAGUACAAAUGCGGGAAGCAUUACUGGGAGCUAGAAAUCGGCAGGAACACAGAAUGCGACGUUGGCCUCAGCUUGGACUGUAUUAGCCAUAAGGAUCCCUUUGCCCUUACCCCGGCCGACGGCUGCUGGGUCUGCUCUGUUAGAGGAGGCCAUCACAUUGUGGCAUUUGACUCCUCCCCUAAAGUUUUCAAGCUACCGGAGAAGCCUCGCCGGAUGGGGGUGUAUCUGGAUUAUGAAGGGGGACAGAUUUCGUUCUACAACCCACAAACCAUGGAACAUUUUUACACCUUCAGGGCUUCCUUCCGGGGCAGCCUCUGUUCCUACGUAUCUCCCUGUUCUGUCACUGACGGGGAAACCAGUGGGCAGCUCCUCAGGGUCUUCCAAGACCAGCUGUGACUCGGUUAUAUUUUGGCUAUUUGGAUGUUAUAUUUUUCUUUUUCCUUAUUGCUGGAAUCCUUAGUUAAUAGCAGAGGUUCUUGGGAAAAUGGGUUUAUUUAAAUUAUGCAGAUUUGUAGCCAAUACCGUCUGCAGGAGGGUAAUUACUGGUUCUUACUGGCUUCCUUCCUAUUAUGGGAUUCUGGCAAAGAUGCCAUUAAUAGGUGGCAUUCCUGCAACUUAUUGGCCCAAAUAUGGGGCCCUCCUGAAGGCCUCUCCAACUCAUAUCUGACCGAACAGUGUCUUCAUCUCUGCUGGAAAGAAAAUCCUCCUGAUGUGACUAUUGGAGCAGGGCCCAAAGGUACCAUGGAAUCUCUGUGCUAUGGAAACUGUAGCUAUAAUUUGAUUUUCUAAAUGUUUAAGGCAGAGGGUAAAUAUAAUAAUAUAUGAUGACUGGAUUUCUUACAUAUGAUAAUGAUCUAGUUGCCCAUUGGCUGCUGGCAGGAAGCCCCCCUCCAAUCUCCAGCUGCCGUUGCUAAGAUUGUGUUUUUUUGGUUUGGGAAUGAAUCGGCGGAAUUCUUUGUGAGCACAUAUGCGUACAGGCGGUGCCCGGACACAAAGCCCAAUAUCAUUUAUAGAAUGUUGGAAUAAAAUCUUUGCAAAGGUG